AUCGGAAGCAAAAAGAAGUAAAUAGUGUCUAAUUUAUUGACGUGGCAAAGCAAACCUAGACUAAAGACAACCCCAUUGCGGUUGCUCUCAGCAGUAAGCGCAACUAAGAACGGGAAAUUGCACCAAAAUAGAAGUUCACAAUGCCUUUCUUCAUGGCAACGAAGAAGUCUACAUGAAAUCGUCUCCCGAUUUUUACUCCUCUCGGCCUAGGUUUGGGAAAUUCGGCAAGUGUUUUUGGUAAGUGUUUCAUCUAUGCUCGCCGCCUCGCCCCAUGGAUUCACAGCCGGCUUACCAACGAGAGAUGUCUCUUGCAACCGCCAGAGAAGAUAAUUGCAUCGUGGCUGACCAGAUGGAUGUUGACCAGACGGAUGUUGACCAACCGGAGUCAUCUCUUUCAAUCGCCAGAAAAGAAGGGUGCACCGCAGGUUGACCUGGCCUGUGCGCCUGUCGAACUCCUAGCUUCCCACAAUCUUCGUCGCUACCGGCCACUCAUUCAACUCUGGAGCCUGCAAUUCCUGUGAGGCUAUCCCUUUCAUGUUCAUAUUUUCAAUUUUCUCUCCCCAUUCAUUCUCAUCCAACCUCAAUUCCUUCUAAAUAAUUUCCAUAUGACGGAGAAAGAACUACCCUAAAGAAGUCCACGGAGGUUAGCAUGAGCGGCAGAGAAGCGGUGGAGAAGGGCAGCGAAGCUCGAACAAUCUGCCAAUUGUAGAAGAAAAGAACUUUUGGUGAAAUUGGGGUGGGCGGAGAUUGUGAAGUAGGGCGGUGAACUCAUCGGGGAAAGGGGCAGUGGUGGUUGCAGUCGCGGUGGUGGACGCGGUCAUCAUGAGGCAAACCUUGAAUCCCGUGUUUGAACUGCAUCUAUGCGGAUGGAAAGAAACGGGAAAAGGAAGGAAAGACAAAACGUAAAGAGAAAAAGCAAAGAGAAAAUAUUGAGAAAGGGAAAACGAAAAAAGAAAAGUAAUUCCACGUGGUUGCCACAUGGGCCAUUAACCGGGUAACGAGUUUUUUACCGGCUGAAAUGCCUAAUUGAACCAUUUUUAAGAAUUUGAGGCUUCAAUUUGGGUGUUUUUAAAGUGCUAGGGACUACUCGACGUUUUGGCUACGGAUUUCUCAUUCAGAUCAAUAAAAAAUGAGGAGGAAUCCCCUGAAAAGUUCUAAAAGUUCUGUGAAUGAGGCAGGGACUUCUAGUCGAUAUGAUGAUUCAGCCCUUGCUUCCAUUGCGAGAAGCAUUUCUAUGAGAUCAGGGGUGAGCAAGCGAAAAAUGAUAGCUGAAGACAUUCUUCGGUUUGGAGAGAUGAAAGUUGCAGCAGAACUAUUCACAUUUCACGAACUGGCCAAAGCAACAGACAAUUUCAACCCGGAGUUGCUAGUGGGAGAAGGAGGGUUUGGGAGGGUAUACAAAGGACAUAUAAGAAGAACUAAACAAAUCGUUGCUGUCAAGCAGCUGGACAGGAACGGAAUUCAUGGAAAUAGGGAAUUCCUAGCUGAGCUCUUGACUUUAAGUCUUGUUCACCACCCAAAUCUUGUGAACCUAAUUGGGUAUUGUGCUGAUGGGAAUCAAAGACUUUUAGUGUACGAGUUUAUGCACAACGGCUCUUUGCAAGAUCAUCUUUUCGAUUUGUCUCCAAAUAAGAACCCUCUCAAUUGGUAUACGAGGAUGCAAAUAGCCAAAGGUGCUGCCCAAGGGCUAGAAUACCUUCAUGACACAGUUAAUCCUCCAAUUAUCUAUCGCGACUUCAAAACAUCAAAUGUGUUAUUGGACAAGUCUUUCAAUUCAAAGCUAUCAGGUUUUGGCCUCGCGAAACUAAGUCCAAACGAAGAACAGGAUCACGUGUUCACGAGGAUAAUGGGGACCUAUGGGUAUUGUGCGCCAGAGUACGCUAAUGUUGGGGGACGACUUACAACCAAAUCCGAUGUUUACAGCUUUGGGGUUGUCUUACUAGAAAUUAUUUCGGGAAGGAGAGUUAUUGAUAAUACUAGACAAAAUGAGGAACAGAACCUUGUUUCUUGGGCAAAACCACUUUUGAAUGACAGAGAGAAAUUCAAAAUGUUGGCAGACCCUAUGCUUGUGGGGAAUUACCCAACAAAAGGCAUGUACCAAGCUCUUGCAAUUGCAUCGAUGUGUCUUCAAGAUGAACCCAAUACACGACCUUUGAUUGCAGAUGUUGUUAGUGCGCUUGAGUACUUGGCGACGCCCGACGAGGAAUGGAAUAGAACGACAGGAGUAGAUGAAGCGGAUUGCAUACUCAUUCAGAAAGGCAAAAGCACUUACACAACUAUGUAAUACGAAAAGGGAUUGCUGGUUUAACUUUUGUGCGAAAGAUAAACUAACAAACUAACUGAUGAACUUCAAGACAGUUGUUCCAACACAAAAUCCUAUUAUGUGAAAAAUUGCAAGUAGAGAAAGCACAUGUAGUGUGACUAUAAUGAUUAUAAUAUGAGUGUGAAUUUACAUUUUUCUUGCGUAGAGGUACUUCUUGAC